AAAAAGCACAAAAAUGGAAGUACAAAAGUAACGACAGAAACAAAAAGCCAGCCCAGCCGUAGAAGAUAACAACUGUAAUUGCAACUGCACAACAGAGCUAUCAGGACAACAACAAAGUAAUACAAAAUAUAUAAAUUUCUAAUACCACCCACCAACCACCACCCGCACCCCCCCCCCCGCCACUCAGACUAGGCAAGGAGGGCGAAGCACUCCUGGCAGCGCCACUCCACUCCACUCCACUCCAAAAAGCCCUCACUGGAGGCGAGACAGAGCGGGACAGAGACAGCGACAGAGACAGACAGUCUUGUCAAUCCAGGGAAAGAGAGUGUGGGUGGGUGCUGCGCGGGGCAGAGGGGCAGUGCCAUCGAAAUAAACAAACCGCACAGACAGAGCGCGCGAGAGCGUGAGCGGGUGGAGAAAGCUUGCAGCGAGCGCGCUCCUCAAAAACACACGCAGCAGAGUGAGAGCAGAGCAGAGAAAGAGCGAGGAAAAGCUUUCGAACGCUCGCUUCAUGCAGAAGACGAAGAAACAGCGCAAAAUAUCUGGAGAACAUGGAGGGGACGAGCCGAAGCAGAAGCUCCAACGCGAGUCAAAGUCAGAGUCAGGAGCAGAGUCGAAGUCAGGACGUUGAAGAUCUCAAGCAAGACAUUCCCUACUUUGACGAGCCGCAGGCAGUGGCUGUUCCGCGAACUGGUUCCGCGAGUGGAACUGCAAGCAGAACUGAUUUCGGAGCUGAGAGCGGAGCUGGCUCCGUCUUUGCCAGCGAUUUGCUCUCGCUGAGUAAACCCGAUUGCAGCCUGGCCGAAUACGACGAUCCAAACGCCAUAGACUGGGAUCCCGACGCAGAUGUCGCCGCAGAUGCGGAGCCUGAACCAGCUGCGGAAAAGCAACUGGAACUGCAACUGGAACUGGAACUGGAACUGCAAGCGAAAAGAGCAAACCCGGAUGCCGGGGAUGACGAUGGCAGCAACGAGCUGGACGAUAGCUAUCCGGACGAGAAUGAGAGCUCCGUGCUGGGCUCCGACUACGGGGCAAGCGGCAGCGGGAGCGCUGCCAACAGCUACUACCAGUCGCCGACGCCUUCCAACUGCGAACUGAUGCUGCGUCCGCCAUCGAGCUCGGUGUACCAUCAUUUCAACUACCGAUCGCCGGGCAGUCCAGUGCCACCCGGCAUGGGAGUGCCUGCAGGUGCGCCUGGUGGCUCGCCGGCGGGCUCCAGCUCAAACGGUGGCGGCCGCCUGCAGCACCCUUAUGCACAUUCCCCAGCGGCACCCACCUCGCCCAACUUCUAUCCGAAUAUGUGGUAUCCGAAUUCGCUGUACAGCUCCCGCGGAGCGCCAGGAGCUGCUGGAGGUGUUGGCCGCUAUGGUGGCUACGGGCCGCAGACGGGUGGCAACGGGACCGCAACGGGUACAGGACCAGGACCAGGAUCAGUACCAGGGCCAGGACCAGGCUCCUUUGGCGCUCAUACGACGCAUCUGCAUCCGCUGCAUCAUCAGUAUCCACAUAUGCCAGCGCCGCAUCCACACCAGCACCCGCACCCGCACUCGCACUCGCACCACCAUCCGCCGCAUCAGCAUCCGCAUCAACAUCCACACACGCAUCCGCACGAGACCAUGAUGGAGAUGUUCCAGCUAUCAAAUAGCGGUCGAGAGGCACGCAACCGCGCGGAGAAGAAUCGCCGCGACAAACUCAAUGGCUCAAUCCAAGAGCUCUCCACGAUGGUGCCUCAUGUGGCAGAGUCCCCGAGACGUGUGGACAAGACGGCCGUGCUGCGCUUUGCUGCCCACGGACUGCGGCUGAAGCAUGCCUUCGGCAAGACGUUACAACACCAGCGGCCACAGAUCACAGACACACUGAUGAGCAUGCUGGACAGCUUCUUCCUUACCGUCACCUGCCAUGGACAUAUAUUGCUGAUCUCGUCGAGCAUCGAGCAGCAUCUGGGUCACUGUCAGACGGAUCUGUAUGGCCAGAGCAUCAUGCAGAUCACCCAUCCAGAUGACCAGAAUAUGCUCAAACAGCAGCUGAUACCCACAGAGCUGGAGAAUCUCUUCGAUGUGCACGCCACAGACUCGGACGCAGACGGAGAGCCGCGAUUGCGCAGCAAGUCCGAGGAGGAUUACAUCGAUUGCAAGCUGCGCGAGGAUAGGCGCAGUUUUCGCGUGAGAUUGGCUCGUGCGGGGCCUCGUUCGGAGCCCACGGCCUAUGAGGUGGUGAAGAUCGAUGGCUGCUUUCGCCGUAGCGAUGAUGCGCCUCGAGGCGUACGCUCCAGUACCUUCAGCUCGAGCCUGCAGCUGAUACGUAGGACGCGAGGUCGGGACGAUGUCAUUCCUCUGCACACGAUCAGCGGCAAUGAUAUUGUACUGACUGCCUGUGCUCGGAUCAUCCGUCCGCCGAAGAUCGCCAGCCGCCUGAUCGAUGCCAAUACGCUGGAGUAUCGCACUCGCCAUCUGAUAGAUGGACGAAUCAUCGACUGCGAUCAGCGAAUCGGCAUUGUGGCCGGCUACAUGACAGACGAGGUGCGCAAUCUGAGUCCCUUCACCUUUAUGCACAACGACGACGUGCGCUGGGUGAUCGUAGCCCUAAGACAGAUGUACGACUGUAACAGCUCGUAUGGUGAGUCGACGUAUCGUCUGUUCACUCGGAAUGGCAACAUCAUUUACCUGCAGUCCAAGGGUUACCUGGAAAUCGACAAGGAGACCAACAAGGUGCACUCGUUUGUCUGUGUCAACACAUUGCUGGACGACGAGGAGGGCAAGCGGCGUGUUCAGGAGAUGAAGAAGAAGUUUUCGGUGAUUAUCAACACGCAGAUUCCUCAGUCCACCAUCGAUGUGCCCGCCUCCGAGCACCCAGCGCUGCUGGAGAAGGCCGUCCUGCGGCUUAUACAAAAUUUGCAAAAAUCCAAUGAGGAUCCGUCCCAGCUGGAGGGCGAUGAGGAUGAUGACGAUGAUGAGGAGGACGACGAGGAAGACGAUGAUGAAGAUGAUGGCGGUCGCAGCGUGUCAGAGUUUGGUGAUUCCUAUCAGCAGCAUCAUCAGCAUCAUCAGCAUCAUUCGCGUACGCAUCACAGCUCCUCCUCCUUUCUGGGUCACUCGUCCGCUUUGUUGGAGGCCCGCCAUGGCCAGGGCAGCUCCAAGACGCCGCCUUUGGCACUGGUGCCGCCCGAAGCAGCCUCCGUAAAGUCCUCAAUAUCAAAGAGCAUCAGCGUGGUGAAUGUCACAGCAGCCAAGCAUCUGCGCGGCGUUCAAGGUUCGGCCGUAAAGUCACCCAACAGCUCCCAAGCAGAAUGCAGCUGCCAUGGCGGCGCACAAUGCGAGGUGUGCCAGGUGCCAGGUGCUCCACUGAAGCGAGGCAGCAGCUCAGGCUCGCCGGAACAGGAGGAUGUUAGAGCGCCAAAGCGUCGCUUUGUGCCCAGCACAGAGAUCGAACAUGUGCUGAACACGUCGCUGGAUCACAUUGGACGCAAGUUGUCGCAGCAGCUGAAUGUGGCCAGAAAUUUGCGGGAUCAGGGCAAUCGAUACGAGCUGCCGCAUGCCAAUCAGCGUUUCGAUGAGAUCAUGCAGGAGCAUCAAAAGCAAAGUGAAUUAUUUGUGAACAUCAAGAGCGAGUACGAGGUGCGGCUGCAGCACAAGGCCAGCAGCAAUGUCAGCACAACUAAGAAUUCGGAUUCCGAGCCACACAGACAGAAUGAGGAUCCACGUGAGGAUCCCGACAGCAGGAUAGUAUAGGACAAAGACAGAGGAGAGAGUAGGAGGAUUGACUCUCGAACUGAAGAAGGGUUUCAUCGAUGAUGUGAUACAACUGUCUUGUCUUGGCCUUGGCAGGCAAGCUCAACAGCCAAUGAUGGAACAAGUCCAUAAUUUUAUUCUAGUUGGAAAGCAGCAAAAAGCCCAACACUACACUGAAAUUGUUCAUUGGUUGAAAGUUGAAAACGCGUGAAACCAAUGAAAACCUCGAAAAAAACUGCAACGCGAAAAGGUGUUUCAGUGUUGGGCAGCAGUGAGCGUGAGCAUCUCCCUCCCAGCAGUACAUACUUGUUUGUUUGUUGUUUUAACCCGUUAUGUACCAUGUAGAGUUAGAGUCUAGUGUUGGUUGUCUUCAAAUUUAGAGCCGCACACCGAGACGAGGUGCUGGAAAGGAUAAAACAAUUAUUAGUUUAGUCUAAAUCGGAAUAUAAUUAAAUUAAAUAUUAAAUGCUAAAUAUAUGUGCAUAUAUACAAAAAUAUAUAUGUAUACCUAUGUACCAUAAAUUAUGCAUGUUGCAGCAUGUGCAUAACCAAAACUAAACGUGAUAAAAGACUGUUACCAACUACAUACAUACAUAUGUACAUAGAUACAAACAAACAUACAUAAAUGCAUAACUCUAUACAACACUAAAAUGUUAAUGUAUGUACAACCAAACACACACACACACACACACAUACACACAUGUGUGUUUUAUGGCGUAGUUAAACUAAAUUUACUGUACGAACAUUUUUGAUAGAUGUUUAAUGUUGCUAGGCUCUAAGUGUAAUACGGAAUUGGAUUCCGUUUCCGUUUCCAAUUCCCCAGACUCCGCAGAAUAGAAUCUGUAAGUUAGAGAAUGAUAUUGGCAGAAGCACAUACAAAAUGAGAAACGAUAAAUUGAUGGCGAAAACUAUUAAGAGAACUAUGUUAAAUGUUUGUUAUGCAUUUGUUUUUUUUUUUAUCUAAAUUAAUAUUAAAAGAGUGUAUUAGAGAAUAAACUUGUGUACCUAUAAACAAAACCCCUGAAA